AUGGACCGUCUAGGCCGAAUGCUACAAGCAGCCCAGGGUAUGGGCAUGAAUGGCGCUGUUCCUAGCAUUGAUACCCAAAACCUCAUCGAUAAUUCAGAGACAGUUCAUAUAUCAUCGCUUGCCUUAUUGAAGAUGCUACGGCAUGGCCGAGCGGGUGUCCCCAUGGAAGUUAUGGGUCUGAUGUUGGGAGACUUUGUCGAUGAAUAUACUGUCAGAGUCGUCGAUGUAUUUGCUAUGCCUCAGAGUGGUACGGGCGUUAGUGUUGAAGCUGUUGAUCCUGUGUUUCAGACAAGUAUGAUGGAUAUGCUGCGGCAAACCGGAAGGCCAGAAACAGUGGUUGGAUGGUAUCACUCACAUCCUGGUUUUGGUUGCUGGCUUUCUUCCGUUGACAUCAAUACACAACAAUCCUUUGAACAACUUACGCCGCGAGCCGUCGCUGUUGUCGUCGAUCCGAUCCAAUCCGUCAAGGGAAAAGUAGUUAUCGAUGCAUUUCGGCUGAUUGCGCCACAAACGCUUGUAAUGGGACAGGAGCCACGACAGACCACCUCCAACUUGGGUCACUUGAAUAAACCAUCGAUCCAGGCUCUAAUUCACGGCCUGAACCGCCACUACUACAGCAUUGCAAUCAACUACAGGAAAACCGGGUUAGAAGAGAACAUGCUGAUGAACUUGCAUAAGCACGUUUGGACGGACGCUUUGCAGAUGAAAAAUUUCCGUGAAGACCGAGAACAAAACGUGGAGAGAUUACAGAAGCUAGUUGGGCUUGCAGAAGGAUACGAAAAGCGGGUAAAAGAAGAGACUGAGCUCUCGAAGGAUCAAUUGAAGACUAGAUACGUUGGGAAGGUAGAUCCAAAGAAACAUAUCCAAGAUGUUGGACAACAGCUCAUUGAAGACAAUAUCGUCGCAAUUUCUCGACAAAUGAUUGACAAAGAAGCGUCUCUCGCCCGGGAGUCAGAGAAGGGAGGCCACCAAGGCGACAAAAUGGAAACAGAUGAGGAGCUGUAG